AUGGCUGGCCAGAACUACGCCUACUGUACUCUGAUUACUCGGUCGUCGUACCUCGCCGGUGUGCUGAUCCUAGCUCAUACUUUGGCCAAAUACAAGAGCGCAUAUCCUCUCAUCGUUCUCUACACGGACACUCUACCCACCUCCUCCGUACGCGCCCUAGAGCUUGAAGCCCCUCAUAGCAAUCUUAUCCUCCACCGUGUCGACGCCCUAUUGCCACGCGAGAACGUCCAUGUACACCUCAUCGCCGAGCGCUUUGCCGACACUUGGACAAAGCUACGCGUCUUCGAGCUGUACAAGCUUGACAACUACGACAAGAUAUGCUACCUCGACGCCGACAUGAUUUUGCGCAGGAACAUGGAUCACGUCUUUGACAAGCAGCUGCCCGCUGAUGACUGGAUCGCUGCCAAUCACGCUUGCGUCUGCAACCUCGAUAAAGAUCCUUGGGCUCCCGAAGACUGGACNAAAGAGAACUGUGCCUACACCGCCGUAUCACACCCAGGUGCUCUCGAUCACCCCACUCCAAUCACACCAGACUCACGAGGCACUUACCACCUGCUCAACAGCGGCAUGUUCUUGUUCGUCGCUUCAGAGCAGCUUUGGGACCGCAUGAUCGACUUCUUCAACACAACCCCUUUGCUGGGCGAGUUCAAGUUCCCUGAUCAAGACUUCCUGGCCGAGUUCUUCAAGAACAAAUGGAUGAGCUUGGGCUGGCAAUUCAAUGCUCUGAAGACCAUGCGCUACUGGCACGAGAACAUCUGGAGGGACGAAGAGGUCGUCUGCUUACAUUACAUUGUCGAUAAGCCUUGGGCUAAGCGUGUGACCGAAGACGGUGUGGCUGGAUACCUCGGCCGUGAUGGCGAGACUCACACCUGGUGGUGGCAAGAGUACGAGGACUGGCACCAGCAACGCAAGUCUCAAAACGAGACAGAAGAGCUGGAGAUUGCUGAGAAGCAUGUUGCUAAACCUAUUGGCCAAGAGGAUCAAGAGUCGGACGAGAUGCGCGCCAUUGGCAGUGGCGUCCAAUCCUUUGCGAAGAACAAGAAGCCCGGUCAGAGCAAUGAGGAAAAGAAACAAGAUGCCGGUGAUGAUAAGGAAGAAGAACUCCCUCAACCACAGAUCCCUGCUCCCCAUGAGCUCAAGGGCAAGGUAUUUGGCGAACGAGGACACGGUCCCAGAGUCCGUGGAUGA